AUCAUUGAGCAAUAAUAUUUUAUGAACUUUAUCAUAUCAAACUUAUCAUUGUACAUUGUCUUCCACCGAGCAGUUCAUCAGUUUCAUUUGCUCUUCUUCUCGCUUUCCCUCUUUUGAAAAGAAAAGAAUAUCAACACUAUUUAUACAAGGCUAAGAUACAACUGUAUAUUUAAUUAUGAUCUUUACAAACGAAAUAUUACAAAUUCUCCGUUUUGUACAGGUAGACAUAUUAAUGAAGAUGUAUAUCAUCUCUUUUUCGCUUGUAAAAAAUACUCCAGAACCAGAAAUAAUCUUUUUAAUCGCCUUUUCAUGCUUGACUUGGUUAAUAUUGAUACAAAAUUGUUAUUAUGCGGUGAUGUCAAUUUGCCUCUGCAAACUAAUUGUAAUAUAAAUAUUUUUUUCAGUUGUUCAUAAAUUUAUAGAAGAAACUUGUAGAUUCGUUUAAUCAUUGUAUAUUUUAGCUGUUAAUUAUUACCUUGUAUGACAUAUUGUAAUAUUUUAGGAGAGGGACUUGUAAGUUGUUUGAACUUGUUCCCAGUCUUUUUGAAUUUAUCAAUAAAAUAUGUUCAAAACAAAGAAAAGAAGGGGGGGGGGUACAGGCAUGAAUCAUGGUGUUUUCACGUCAGUCCUCCUUUCUUUUAUCCCCCGUUUUGCUUAUCGAACUUCCGCGUUCAGCAGCAAAUGUCCCAGAUACAAUGGAAUUCAUACGCAAUAAAUCGUAUGGUGUCUUAUCAUUCCCUAAUCAUGACGAAAUAGGACGUCCCAAACAUUCAUGUUUACACUGAAAGAAAGAGAAAAACACACACCGGGGAAAUGUAUAGAUGUAUGAUGCUUUUCUUUUUGUGGUAUUUUAGCGUGAGUGAUGCUUUCCUUCUUUCUGGACCCUCAUACCACAGCACACCAAUUCCACAAAAUGGCGGUGGGAUCACCGCCCCAGAAGGAAGCGUCAUGCACAUCUUGUUACAGGAUGUGGCUCUCCUGAAACAGGAACUUGCCACGGCAUUGAAUCAAAUUACCUUUCUACAAGCCGAGUUAAAGGAGCAGAGGAAACUGUACAAGAGUGAUAUAGAAAUUCUGCGACACGACGUGGAGAAUUUACAGCGGUUCACGAAAUCAUGCAAUCGGAGUAUUCACCAAAGCAUGCAAGACACAGCAGAAAACAUAUCCAUUCUGAACAGAACUGUGGAACAAAAUGCUGCGGAUAUUAACGCUGUAAACGAAACAAUGAGAAAUGUUGACCGGAAGUUACUAGAUGUAAUUAGCAGAGAGAACACCUUGAAACAGUCGAUACGUUUUGAAGUACAGCAGGAACUCCGCCAAAAUAAGCAGGACAUAGUGAACAAUGUGACAGCGCUGGGCAGUUCUAUAGACGCAUCACAGAAACAGGUGCGCUAUAUUUCUCUCUCUUUAAAUGAUGUUAGCAAUGAUUUACGAAAUGUUGAGCAUCGACAGAAAAACACAUCAGCGCAACUUGUUGAACUGCAGAAGAACAAAACUGAAAUGAAAGAUGAGAUAGUUGAUAUCAACCAUGAAAUAUCACAGUUACAAAACAACUCCAGAAGUACCAAACUGUCAACAAACGCCGCGUUAUCUCGAAUUGAACACCUAGAAACAGAUAUGAAUACUAAGAUAAGCUUCACAGCUGCGCGGACGGACAACAAAAUGACGUGGAAGGACGGAGAAAUAGUGCUGUUCUCUUCUGUCAUCGACAGCGAGGGGGGAGGAUACAACCCAUCGACAGGGGUGUUCACAGUCCCACAAAUCGGGACGUACCUCUUCUUCUGUAACAUUGCAACUCUUACUAAUAAUACCUUUAACGCCGACAUCGUUGUUAAUGGGGAAAUCAAAGAACGAUUGCUGACGUAUGCUUAUGGAAGACCAUGGAAUAGCGUCACAUCAUCAAAUCUUCUAGUUAUUCGGCUACAGUUAGGAGAUAAGGUCUAUGUCAAAUAUGAAAUGGGGAGUUAUCUAUUAUCAGAUCAGGCUCAUGAGACAACCUUCUCCGGGAUAAGAAUUAAAUGAGAAGAUGCGUUGGAACAGGUUGCACUAGACUGAGAGAGUGAAAUGGAUGGGGAACAAAGUCUACAAUAUCAUCAUUAUCAUUAUCUAUUUAAUCGGAAUUGUAAUGUCUAACCUAAUUGGUUUUUGCAUGAACUAUAAUAUGUAGCCUAAUCACCCUGCGCAAUGAUACGUAGUUCUGUGAUCGUCAUAUCGUUGUUCACACGUGUAUACAAUAGACUACAAGUAUAGCCAGAUAAUCCCACCAUGCAGAUUUUAAUUCUUAACAUCUACUAGUACAGUGAGUGUUCAAAAUUAUCAUUUUAUGCAGAAAUCACCCUCUCCCCCAAUCCUACAUUGUCUAUAUAUCUGUUUCCAAAUUUAUUCCUUAUCUUCUAAGUAUAUAAACUUUUAUAUAAAGUUCAGAGGUCUAUUUCGCUACAAUGAUAAUGAAUGCAUGUACAUGUAUGUAUACAUAUUACAACAUUCAGAAUGUAUAUCGUAAGAUUUUGGAUCCUGUAGUAUUUUGGACAUGUAAGUAAAUCUUUUAUUAUAGUGACAUUUAUGAUACAACUUUUGCAUUUCAUUUAAGAUACAUGCUAGUAUAAUUUUACUCCAGGCCCAACGGACCCAUAUGUUGGACUGGUUCACGACAUUUGAAAAAUAAUAUUUUUUAAUUUUUGAUGUUAAACAUUGAAAAUAUAACUGAUUUAAUGUUGACAGCCAAACUUUUGACCGUCUGAACGCAAGAAUAAAAGAAAUAUUUUAGCCUUCAAUCUGUGUUAUGUAAACAAAGAGUAUUUCCAUGUAUACAAACAAACCAGUGAAAUGUUAAUUUUGUAAUAUAAAGCAUCUUAAUUUUGCAUAGUGACAAAUAUAACGUAUAUAUGACACAUUUCCCCCAAAGAAUACUUGAACAUACCGCAAUCUUUGUUUACAAACAAAUAAUGAACUCUCUAAAAUGAGCUUCGUGAUAAUGUAUAACCUUAAUUUUUAUGUGAAAUCUUUUAAACAAAUUAGACAAUAAAUUUUGAUCAUUAAAAGUGAAAAACAAAAUUUUGGGGAAAAUCAUGAAUCAGUCCCUUUAGCACAUCAAAUGAUGUCGGCACAUGUGCAGUCAUUUGGAUGUAUAUUGCUAUGGAUAAUUGAAUUAUGUGGCUUUAUAUACUUGUGAGCGAGUUUGGUAAUUUGAAAGAACACUUCUGUACGUUUUAUCAUUAUUCUUAAAUUUGAUCAUUUUUCAGGGGCGGAUUCAGGAAUUGAAGUUAGCGGGGCGCAACUUCACGAGGGAGGAAUACGUCUCCUACAUGUAUAUAUAGUCAAUGUAUUAUUUUCUGUCAUUUCUGAUGAGGUGAAAUUAAUCAAAUGACAUAUAUUGUAUGGCCGUUCGUUUAAUGGCUCAUUUAAGCAUCUCAUGUGAAGUUUGGUUUCAGUAUCGAUAGAGGCAUAUAAGCUCUCAGUUAGUUUAUAUGAUUUUCUGUGAUUUUAUUUGGAAUGAUAAAUAGGUGCUUUGUUCGAAAAUAAGAUAUCUUAAAAUCCAAACUUAGCUUUGAUUUGAUGCAUUAUAUAAAUAUCUAAUUAAACGCGUGAGGAAGACUCAUGUAUAAUGUUCUAAUUUUUCAUAUAAGAAUUAAGCACUAUUAAUUAUAAACAUAUUGCAUCAAAUACUUGUUUGAUAGAUUUAAUCUCUAAACCAUAGAGGACAUAAAGAAUGUCUGUCUGUCUGUCUUAUAUUUUAGAUUUGAAUCAAACGAAAGAAAAAAGUACCGAUCCCGAUCAAAAUUGAUAGAAAUUACUGUAAUAAUCACAUUAUUGCUAAUUUUAUGCUUUUUUCACCAAGAAUUUAGUUUUCUUUGUAAAUUCAUUUAAUUCGUAAUGUUUUUUACAUCAAGGGAAAGAAGUUGUGGAAGCACAAUGUUCUCUGCGACUACUUUUUAUUUUUUUUCUCUAUCACUACUUUUUAUUUUUUUAAAGAUAUAAUUCCGAUAGUACUUGGUUCAGAUUUGAAAAAUUGAAAUAUUUCUGAAUUUUGGUAUUUUCAUUCUUAUUUCUUUUUAGAAUACAUUUGUCCGAUAUAUCUUUUUUCUUUAAUAUUUUUUGGAAUAGAAUCUAAGUUAUCCCAAUAAAAGUAACAAUAAGUUUGAAAUUCUUAAAAAAAAAAAUUUCUGUGAGAAUGGAUCAGUGAGCAGCGUUCCUCUGGGUUUGUCGCCUUGCGUACAUCUCAACGACUGACUCAGUCUUGACUCACAAAAAGAAAUAGAAGUGUAAUGAGUCGAUCCUCUCCCAUAGAACGUGACGAUCGUGUCACAUAUUUCAUAGCUAGGUUUCUGCGUUCCACUCUAAUGGAAGAAACUGCUGUUAGUUGGAGCAAAUACAGAAAUUUAGUAACAUUUGGGAAGAGUACAUGUGUAUGUACAGGACUGCGAUUCAUGAAUUGACGAAAGAAGACACAGUUUUGAAAAACUAUUGAAUGGGGGAAAGAUAAUUGUUUUAUCCUUUAUCUUUUAUGAAAAGAAGAUACCAUGGUUUACUUUAAAUUAGAAAAUUUGGGGUGGGUGGGGGGUGGGGGUUGCGCCCCUUAAAUCCGCCACUGCUUUUUACUAUUCAGAUUUCUUUUCUCUGGAAUAGUAAAGUUACAAAAUUGUUAUUGUUGCAUAUUGUACAUGUAUAUUUAGUCACAUUUUCACUCAAACGCAUUUCAUUCCAUUUUAAGAGAAAGGCGAAAUGGGCUCAAAAUGGUGUGUGCGCGCGCGUGUGUGUGUGUUUUGUCCUGUAUAUAGUAUUCAAAGUGCGAUUUCAACCCUCUAAUGUGUUAGUAAUAUACUCAACGAUACAUAUACAUUGAAUAAAAGACGUAUUAAAAAAAUAAUCAUUAUAUAUGCUACAUUGUACAAGUGUACAUGUACAUUUGAAUUUUAUUAAGAUGUGAAUUUUUGAAGGGGUGAUUGUAAUAUUCUAUUUCUUAGCUAUAACUAUCCAUGCUUGUGUGCGAAUUAUUACCAAACAUUUAGUUUUUUAAUGCGAGCAUUAUAUAUGAAAAGUAAAUGUUCUGCAUGUUUUAUUCUUAAACCACGA